AUGGCAACUACGCUAAUUUGUAAGGAAGCUACACACAAAUCAGCGCCUGCCCUGGCAAUAGUAGUAAUGUCGCUGAUAUCGGCUGGGAUUGUUCUUAUCAUGCCGAAAACAAAGGACAAGAAAUUGCCUGAAGAUCUGGACGACGUUGAUCCAAGACCACUGUUGCGUUGGAUGAAGAAAAAGGACGAAAAAAUGGAGGAGGGGUCGCCCAUGUUGGGAACAGAGCCAUCCAAACCAGCGUUUACUAAAGAAAAGACGGCUGAGUUCGAAGCUUAA